AGUCUCGACUUCAGUGUGGACGAGAAGGUGAACCUUUUGGAGCUGACCUGGGCCCUUGAGAACGAGCUCAUGACGGUUGGUGGUGCCACUCAGCAAGCGGCCUUGGCCUGCUACCGCCAGGAGCUGAGCUUCCGCCAGGGGCAAGUGGAGCAGAUGGCAAGGGAACGAGACAAGGCGAGGCAGGACCUGGAGAAAGCCGAGAAGAGGAACCUGGAGUUUGUGCAAGAGAUGGAUGACUGUCACUCUGCCCUAGAGCAACUCACGGAGAAGAAGAUCCAUGACAUGGAUGAAUGUUUUGAAAGAGGACUGGUGAAUGAUUUUGGAGCCUGAUGAAAGGAGCCUGACAUGGUAGAAGGAGCCCAGAGCCCGAAACCUGACUCCAGGCAUUGUGAGGUACAAUGGAAUGGUCUGCUCCGUUGGUGGGGUUGGUGGCUGGACAGACCAGAGGGAAGGAUUUCUGACCUUUUAUGGACACAAAACCCACCUCUGUGGUUUAUUAACCAAAAUGUGAAGAAAUCCAGCCCCUGAGGAUCUCCCAGGUUGGGGCAAGCAGAGGAGGGGCUUUUCACCCCCCUGUGGGAAGCAGUCUAUGCUAGGCUUCCCUAGCUGGCAGAGCUGAGCUGGUUAUUCACCUUCUGGAAGCUUUUGUCACCUGGAGGUGUCCCCUCAAGGAUAGCAAAGGGUGUGCACUGUGGAAAAACCAGUGUGCUGUACUCAGCUCUCAGUAGUGGUGGUAAUGGGGACACAGGGAGGCUACCAGCCUCCCCACCUCAUUCUCCCUCACCAGCCCUUGCUGUGAUCGUGGGUGGACGGAGCCCCUGAGAUUCCUCAUCUGUGAAGUGGGAAUGGUGACAGACCGUCCUCUGCACGGGAGGGUACCAGUCAGUGUGUUUGAGCCCUCAGCGGGGUUUGGUAUCUCAUGCCUGUGGGUUAGCUGAGCAUGGGCCUCCAUGAAAUGUAUGACAAAGAGAAGCAAGAACUCAGGUGGCGUACAUGGCUUCAGCGAGCACAUGUCUGAGAGCUUGUGACCAGCCAUCUCAUUCCUGUACCUCUGGGAUGUUGCCUCUCACUGUCUUGUGUGGUUGUAGCAUUUGAAGGAAACACUUCCCUCACACCAGCCCCGCCGGCAGUGUUUGCAGAUAUUGUGGCAUGACGUACAUGAAGUCCCCGCAUACAUGGCCCUCGGUGGGCAGUGUACGGGCCUUCACAGGACCUUUUACCUGCCCCCAUCCACCUUACUGCAGGCUUCUGAGCACCAUCCCAAAAAAGGCCUGUUCCUGCCAUGUGUGGGGACUGUCACGGUCACAGUUACAAAGCCCUCACCUUCAUGGCUCACAGCGGGAGGGAUUGGAGGCACCCAGGGGUGCAGCCAGCUUUCCUGGGGCUCCGAGGUUCGCAACAUGGCCAUAGCGGGUGGGGGGGGCUGGUUUCAUGGUCACACAGGACCAGUUGAUUGUGUCCAACUGAACAGUAGGGUUGAAGACCAAGAGCCCGUUUCAUCUUCACCAGAGAUGCUGGGCACCUUCACUGUGCAGCCGGAGGUCUGGAGGUUGAGGAGCCGGUUGGCCCUCUAUAGAGGAAGGAGCCUAUUCCAGCCUGUGAAACUGUGCUGUGUUGUGCUCCUGUUGUGCACUGGGUGUCCUGACUCACCAGCCACAGUUACCCCAUAGGCCAUUUUCGCCGCAUUUUUCAGCUAAAGAAACUGAGGCCUACAGCAGUGUAGUAGCUUGCCCACAAUCACAGUGUGGACUAAAAGUUGAAGCCAGGUCUCCUGUCUCCUUGUCUUAUGCUGUCUUUGAGAUAAGAGAGCAUGAGGCCGGGCGCCUGGGUGGCUCAGUUGGU